AUGAAUAAUGGAAAAGAUAAAGCUAUGGUUGCACAUCGUUGUAUAAGAUUCCUGUCAGAUUGUUGAACAAUCUUCAAGUACAGAGACCUCUAUUUAUGUCUGAUCACGCAAACAAAGAGACAAGACAUCUCCAAAUUCAAGUCUUUUCAACACAACCAAUUACCAUGAACUCCCCGAUGAACAUCUCUGCUCUGAAUGAAGAUAUCAUAGUUGAGCAGCUACUUCGUACCCAUGAUCCAGACGGUCGCUGGAUUGAUUCCAAAACGCUGCUUCAAGAAGUAGAAGCCAUCUUGAGCUUUAUUCUGGAAAGUGAUGUUUCUAAGCCGCUUCCGACUGAAAACUGUAUGACCAACAUUGAAGUUUUCGAAUCAAAGGAGACACUACCAUACGCUAUCUCCAGAAUCUCUGUUCAGAUGCUUUGUCCAUGCAUGGGGGAAAAUGAGAUCCAUACAAGAACAAUGCUUUUGUUCGAUCUUCUGAAAGAAUACAGAUGGGAUGCAAAAGCUGUGUUAGUACUUGGAGCCCUUGCUGCAACAUACGGAGGACUAAUGCUACCAAUUCAUCUAGGCGUUAAUGAUCCCGUGGCAGCAUCUAUUGCAACACUCAACCAGUUGCCUAUCGAGAGAACCAAGUUCAGACCAUGGUUAAACUCCCUAGGCUUGCUCAUUAAAGCUCUUGUUGACGUAACCAAAUGCAUCACUGAGUUUGAAAGACUUCCAUUUAAACAAGCGAAGCUAGACAGCAGCAUUGUGGGAGAAACCAUGUCUAACAUCCGUCUGGCUACUUACUGGGUCGUCAAAAGUGCACUUGCAUGCCUGCAGCAGAUCCCUUAUUAUUUCAAGCAGCCCCAACAGGCAACGGAAUCAAGGAGAGCUGCAGGGGAGCUUUCGAGUUUGGGAUAUCAGUUGCGCAGCAUGCAUACCCGUCUCAGCAAGCAAGUUGAAGAAUGCAGUACACAGAUAGAGGAAACAAUCCAUCAAAGGCUUAGAAACAUUAACAGGGAGACUCAUCAAGACAACCAAGAGGUACUCCAACUACUUUUCUCUCUAGAAGAUGAUUUGCUACUUCAACAAUACUCUAGCCAGAUAGCUAUAACUGACCUGAAAGAAAAGGUAAUACUGCUUCUAUUAUCAAAGCCAGAACCCUUACCCACAGAGCCAUUUCACUUCCUGCUUCAACAGCUAUACGAUCAUCCUUCCAACACCAACACAAAACAAAACUACGAAAUCUUAUGGAUUCCACUACAAACGUCCCAAAAAUGGACAUACGAGGAGAAGGAAACCUUCAAACUCUCCUCCAAUUCCCUACCAUGCAUCUCAGUAAAGCGGCCAUGGUUGAUGAACCCCACGGUACUGAACUUCCUAAGAACAGAAUGGCCGUACCGAGAUGGCGAGGAGACAAUGGUGGUGGUGGUGAUGGAUACUAACGGGAAGGUUGUGAACAUGAACGCCAUGGACAUGGUGUUGGUUUGGGGUGUUAAAGCAUACCCAUUUACAGUUUCCAGAGAAGACGAGCUUUGGGAAGAAGAUGAUAGAUGGUCCUUGAAGCUUAUCCUUGAUGGCAUUCAUCCUGACUUCAACACAUGGGUGAAGCAAGGGAGAGAGAUAAUCAUACUCGGAAGCGAUGAUUCGAAUUGGGUGGAUGAAACCAAGUCAUUAGCACGAAGAAUUCAAAAUCUAGGGUUCGAGUUUGAGCUGAUUGAACUCAGUACACGAACAUCAGCCAAGGAAGAGAGCUCAAUACAAGAGCUCUUCUGGCUCCGAUUAGAAUCCAUCAAAAGAUCGAAACUCAGACGAACCGAAUCGUCGAAACGCGAUCGCGUGUUCGAAGAAGUUACGGAGCUGCUUGAGUUCGAUUACGGUACACGCAAGGGCUGGGCGAUCGUCGGGAAGGGAUCGACGGAGAAGAUCGUCGGAGAGAAUCUGACGGAGAGGAUGAGGCGGAUCUUGCGGUGGGGAGACUCCGCGGCGGGAAUGAGUUUCACGGAGGCGAUUCGAGUCGCGGAGGAGGAGGAGCCGUGCGAAGAGAGUCACACGGUGGUGGUGGUGGUUCCGUUUGAGGAAGGUUUGAGAGUUGUCACGUGCGAGAAAUGCAAAAGGCCCAUGAAGAGGUUUGUUGCCUAUCAGUAAGUAAACUCACAGGCCCGUUGCUAUAACACUUUAAUAUGGCCCGUGAAAAUAUGGCCCGUGAUAAUCUCUAAUCUGUUGCUUCGUUUUCCAACAAAUAAAGAAAUCUAAUCUC